AUGAAUGUGAAAUUUUCAUGCUACACGCCUAGUACCUUUUUGCGAGAUUCAAUUUUAGAGGACGUACCGCUUACACCUUCUUCGACUAUCAUCCGCUACAAAUCCUGCAAGAUUGUUGUUGAUAUGGAGCCAAGCGUUCUGAUGUUACAGACGUUUCGUCUACUUGAUCUUCCUGAAGAAAUCCAGGAAAACGUUCUUAUCAGAUACUAUGAAGAUGCGUCGCUACACGUGCGAUUCGGACAAGCUGAUCAACACGGCUGGUCUAAACCUCAACUCUACGGCACGCCAAGCCUCGGGAUAGAGAUGACAAACCACGAUAUUCGAAGGAUAGCUCUGGACGUUCGAGACCGAUAUAUGCCUCGAUCAUUGACGGUAAACUAUUCAGGAGAUCGCCCAACAGAAUUUUUCGACAACCUUCUCAGGCAUCACGAUCUCACCUGGCUUCGACAACACAUUGACAACGUGAAUUUCCCCAGCUUGAAACCUGGCAGUGUGAUCACAUCCUGGCCAAGAUUGGUAUCAAUCUGGAAGAAUGUGCGAUUGUUCCAUUUCACACGCACUAUCGAUCUGUCGCGCAUGCCGAUAGUUCCACCAUAUCUGCUAGCACAACCCACAUUCAUAAGACAGUCGGUUGUGGAAACGGCUCGGGGACAGUUCGACUUUAUGUUGUUCCAGCUGAUGGAACCUUUGAACCUGAUCGGCCUCGUACACGCUCUGGACGAAGAUGGUCGAGCAGAUGCUACUAUAGAUGUGAACUGUACAUCAUUCGAGUUCAGGAAGGGGUUUACUGAGACAAAGUUGAUCGAUAGAGGAUAUGCCUAUCUUCUGCUGAAAGCCAGGAUCAAAGUCACGAAGGACGGCUAUAAGGUCAAGGAACGGGUAUGUGAGUUGGGAAGCAUGACGGCUCGUUGGGCUGUUGAAACAGGAAUUGUCGAGGUCGAAGAUGCGGCGAAGAACACGAACGUGGAAUUGAAUGAGAGAAUUGACUAA